AUGGAAGAGCGCAAUGAAGGUGAAGUGUUGGUUGCAGAGGGGAACAAGGCUGCGAUCAACGGUGUUGGGACAAUCGUCGAAAAGGUGGUCCUGUCCAAUGGUGAAGAGCGCGAAGUCGAGAUCAAGAACGCGCUUUACGUUCCAAGCAUGAACAAGAACUUGCUGUCGAUACCACAAAUUAACAAAAGCGGCAAGUUUCAAGUGGUGUUUGAUGUUGAAGAAAUGAAGAUUUCGCACAAAGGCUCCAAGCAAGUAAUGGCGAUGGCCGAUCUUGUGGAUGGCCUCUACUGGCUUCGUACAUCCCAACGAUCCGUGAAUGCGGCUUCAGGACCAAGAGUCGAAAACCUUCAUGCGCGUAUGGGCCACGCACCAGUCGAUGUCUUGUGCAGGAUGGUCUCCAAGGGCAUGAUCAGGAUGCCAAGAUGCCAACAAAAUUGA